AUGCUGCCAAAAUUUAUGGCCUUAAUAUGGGAAAUAACAAAAGUAUCAUUCAAGAUUGUUACAAAGAAAGCUUUCACUGUGAAGCAGAAAAUAAAAUUGAAAAAGCUUUCAAAUGACAACAUGAAACUUUUGAAUAUUCAAGAAUUCCACUCAGUAAAAUUAAAGCUUUAUGCUUGGUUUCAGACAUUAAAAAAACUCUCUGCAAACUCUACUGAAGUUUAA